AAUGGUGUUUAUUAAUAAAGUUAUGUAUAAACGAAAGUAGGUUAACUUCAGUGUCUGUAGUAGUAUACAGAAAGGUGUCUGGGCUGCUGUAAUAAACUGUUUAAACCCGAAUCUUCGUAUUACUUACAUUUAGGUGCAUAUUUGUGAUAAUGCAUAGAUAUUCUCGAAUAUGGUAGCAUAACCACCCAAAUUUUUCUUUUGGGGGGGGGAAGAAGUGUUCCCAGGGUCGUCUCUCCCAAUGAAUAACAAAAAGGGAAGCCAAAUCCCACCCAGAGAGAGAAGGGGGGCUUUAGACCUGUACCGUUAUAAAGGGGUGCUUGUCUCAGUUUUGGAUUGGUGUGGAAAAUCAGCGCUUGGCACUGGACAGCGAUGGCGUCCAUGGGAUUACAGAUUCUGGGCAUCACGCUGGCUGCCAUAGGGUGGCUCGGCGACAUCACUAUUUGCCUCCUUCCGAUGUGGAAGGUAACGGCGUUCGUCGGCAACAACAUCGUAACGGCUCAGAUAAUCUGGGAGGGCUUGUGGAUGAGCUGCGUGGUCCAGAGCACUGGGCAGAUGCAGUGCAAGGUAUACGACUCCAUGCUGGCGCUACCCCAGGACCUUCAGGUGGCUCGGGCCCUGGUGGUCAUCUCCGUGCUGAUGGCACUCUUCGGCAUCUUGCUGUCGGUCCCCGGGGGAAAGUGCACUAACUGCAUAGAAGACGAGUCCGCCAAGUUCAAAGUUGCGAUCACGGCGGGAGCUUUCUUCAUGGUCAGCGGUGCCCUGUCUCUGGUGACUGUGUGCUGGUCUGCUAACACCAUCAUCAGAGACUUUUACAACCCUCUGCUACCGGACGCACAGCGACGGGAACUUGGCGGAAUGCUUUAUAUCGGCUGGGGGGCGGCGGGUCUCCUGAUUCUUGGUGGAGCGCUACUUUGCUGCAGCUGCCCCCCCAAAGAAGGCCGUCCGUACACUGCGAAAUACUCUCCAGCUAAAUCUGCUAGUUCAGGAAAGGACUAUGUAUAAAUUGCCGACGUAUAUUUUUUUUCCCCUUUUUGAAUAAAAAUUAAAGCUCUUAAACGAUAAUUGAUCAUAUUUGAAGAACUACUAUGUUGUAUAUGUAGUAUUCUGUAUUUGUUUUUACAUCGAGUAACAAGGCUUCAAUUGCCCGCUCCGAAAUAGUUAGCUUAUGUAAGGAGCACAAGUAGAGAUGGUAAGAUUUACCGAUUUGCUUCGGUGUACUAGCAUAAAAGUUUACGAUGCGAUUGUCCCGAUUUAAAAAGUGUGCGCCGGAUUUAGAUUGGGAUGAAGUCGGGACGCGUCGUUUCUAACGUACUUGCAAAAGUAAAAUGCAGUUUAUUAAUAUAUAAUAAUUAGUAGAGUCCACAUUUAGAAAUGUGACCAAUAAUUUUGACAAAUAAUAUUAUACUUAGAUUGUUUCCCCCUCGUUAAACCUUUUCUAUAUCACAUUGAAUGUCAUAGCAUCAUAUUGUUUUGCAUCGUGCUGAAUUGCAUUGUGUCAAAUCACACGGCAGUGCAAUAGAGGUGAAUCAUAUCGCAUCGCAUUAGUAGUUGCUUCAUGUGUAUCUUUAAUGUAUCGGAUUGUUGACAACGCAUCGAGAUGUGUAUCACAUGGAGAUACGCAUCCCUAAGCAUAUACUAUGUACAGUCAGGUCUAACAGCUACUAACAAUCCCUUUUUUAAACUAAAUCCUAACACCAUUCAAUUAAGAUUAAUUAAAUGUCAAUUAAAAUGUCAAUAAAACAU